GCGCAGACCGGCCCGGCGACUCUGGGGCUGCGCGCCGGGACGCGCCCGCGCUGCCACCGCGCCCUCCCCACGGGACCCCACGGGACCCCACGGGACCCCCGCCCGGACCCCGCGGAGAGCAGGUCUCCUCCACCCGGCCGGCCGGACAGAAGCGGCCGGCUUUGGGGCCCACCUCCUGCCUUCUCUGCUUCUGGACAGACGCCCUCAUUCAUUUGAACACCGGGGCUGGCAGCGGGGCCUGGAGGGGGGCCCCCCCCCGGCCCGUGGAACCGGCCCACGGAACCUCGGCAUUCCGGCAGACCCGAGGGGCAACCUCGGCCCGCUGCCUUCAUCCAGAGGGAGAAGCCCAGAGGGCUCCCGGUUCCGCCUGCCUCUCCCCCCCAGCCCCCGGUGGGGGGGGGGACCCCGAACCAGCCGCGCUGAGCAGUCAGCGUCCAUGCCCGGCCCCCAGGGGGGCACAGGAGCCCCCACCAUGAGCCUGGGCAAGCUCUCGCCCGUGGGCUGGGUGUCCAGCGCGCAGGGCAAGAGGCGGCUGACGGCGGACAUGAUCAGCCCCCCGCUGGGGGACUUCCGCCACACCAUGCACGUGGGCCGGGGUGGGGACGUGUUCGGGGACACCUCCUUCCUCAGCAACCACGGCGGCGGGGGCGGCGGCGGGGUGACCCACCGCUCGCCCCGCAGCUUCCUGGCCAGGAAGCUGCAGCAGGUGCGCAGGGCAGGGGUGCCCGCCCGGAGGAUGGCCUCGCCCCCCGCCCCCUCGCCGGCUCCGCCCGCCGUCUCCCCCAUCAUCAAGAACGCCAUCUCCCUGCCCCAGCUCAACCAGGCCGCCUACGACAGCCUGGUAGUCGGCAAGCUCAGCUUCGACGGCAGCCCUGCCGGCUCCACCGACGGCCGCUCGGGUUACGGCCUGGACUCGGGGUUCUGUACCAUCUCCCGCCUGCCCCGCCUGGAAAAGCCCAGUGACCGUGACCGAGACGGAGAGCGCGCCUUCCCGGCGGAGCCCGAGCUCCGGCGCUCGGACUCCCUCCUGUCCUUCCGCCUCGACCUCGACCUGGGGCCCUCGCUCCUCAGCGAGCUGCUGGGGGUCAUGAGCCUCUCGGAAGCUCCCGCCGCCGCCGCCCCAGACCCCGCCACGAGCCCCACCGGCCCCGCCCCUGCCGCGAACCUCCCGGCCCUGGCUCCCCACCCCCCACCAGCCCCGUCUGCGAACCCCUCGCCCCGUGGACACUGCCCCAACGGGGUGGCCCAGGGCAGAGCCAGGCAGGCGGGAGGAGAAGGACCCCGCGGGGCCCCCGGCGCGGCCCUGGGCGGCAGCGGGCACCGGGCAGCCGGCUGGAGGGCCGGCCCGGGCGGCCGACACUACACAGAGAUGGACGCCCGGCGGGAGCUGGCGGGGGUGCUGCCCCAAGUUCGAGGCUCGUGGGAGAGCCUGGAUGAGGAGUGGAGGGCGCCCCGGGCAGACAGCAGCCCCCCUGUACCCCGCACCGUGCAGGCCGGUGCCUUCCGGUUUGCCGACGAGGAGGAGGAGGACGAUGAGGUCAAAGUGUGAGCUGCCCCGGG